AUGAGCGUUUCAGGGGCUCGUCUUUCUCACUUUCGAAGAAGACUUCCAAACUCUUCUUCUUCUCUUUCUCGAAGAAUACGAAUUUUGCAGAGGAGACGCAUUUUCACCAACACCACGAAUAACGAACUCGCCUUUUUUGUCGACGAAGAGGAGGAGGAAGAAGAAGAUUUAGAAGAAGAAGAAGAAGACGAAGACGAAGAAGAAGAAUCGUGGAUAGGAGAGAAAGGCGCGUCGAAAUCGACCACGAUUGAACCGUUCGUCUUAGGCGAAACCAAGGACAUUUUAGCCGUGUAUAAACCAGCAAACUUGGGUUUCCACUCGGAGUUUUCCGACGGGUUGGUAAAAAAGUUACGAAAGAUGAAGGAAAAAGACGAACGUUUUUACGAGUGCGAGAACAUCUACCCCGUGCACAGAUUGGACAAACCGACGAGUGGAAUUGUUCUCUUCGCGACGAAGAAAUCUGUCGCGAAUAGUUUGUCCCGAGCGUUUGAGAAUAAACGGAUUGUUAAGUAUUACGUAGGCGUCAGCGAGAGGAAACCGAGAAAGAAAAUGGGCACCGUCACGGGAGACUUGAAAAAAGCAAGACGAGGGAUGUAUAAGCUGAUGAGAACGAUGGAAAAUCCGUCCAAGACGACGUUUGUCUCGCGCGGGUUUACCGCGGAGGUGGGAAAGAAGGAGAACAACUUGCGCUUCUUCCUUUUUAAGCCAGAGACUGGAAAGACGCAUCAGUUGCGCGUGGUCGCCAAAUCUCUCGGUAGUGCACUUCUAGGAGACGAGAUGUACGGUACCGGUCGUAAAAGUAAUAGUAUCGAUAGAAUGUAUCUGCACGCGUGCGCGGUCAGGGUGCCCAAAUUAGAAGUCGUAGACGAAGACGAAGGCGGGGGAGGAAAGUACGAAACUGAGCCGUUUCAGAUAGUUUGUGCACCCAAAGAGGGUGAAUAUUGGGGACCUGUUGAUGCGUUUCGAGAGUGGUUUGAAGAAGGAAUGGAUCAAGAGUGCGGACCCUGGUUCGACGAUAUUAGCUUGUUACGAAGCACGAAUGUGGUCGCGUAA